AUGAUGUUGAUGACGACCGCCGGUACAGCUUGGGUCCGGGAGCUUGGGUGGGACAAAAAAUAUGCUGAGAACUGGUGCUGGGCGUUAGGGAUCUCUACGUUUCUAGAUUUCUGCUUUCCAAUCGAAAUGGUGUCCUCACUUGCUCUGAAGAAGCUCGUCUCCUCAUCUCUGCUUCCCAGCUCUCUUCGCAUGGUUCGCCCGAUGGGAGCCGCCGCUCCGUCUGCCUCCCGUCUCUUCAACACCAACGCCGUCCGCAAUUACGACGAAGACGGAGACGAACGGCAGAUGGAUGUCGAUCGUCGCUCUCGCCGCCCGUUCCCGCGCGGCCGCGACGAUUUCCUAUCAGAGGUGUUUGAUCUGUUCUCGCCGACGAGGAGCUUAAGCCAGGUGCUGAACCUGAUGGACCAGUUCAUGGAGAAUCCCCUGCUCUCCCCGGCACGCAGCGCCGGAGGCGGCGGAGUCCGGCGGGGCUGGGACGCUCGCUUGACGGAGGAGGAUCUGCAGCUGCGCGUGGACACUAAAGUCGUCAUCAACAUCAUCUUG